AUGCAGGCCCUCACGCCGCUGACUAUUGGACGCAACCGUGCGGCGGCGUCUGCGCUGGGCGCGCUGUGGGGCUUUGGCCACUCCACUGGGCAGCUGAUCCUUGGGCUGGCGCUUGUGCUGCUGAAGCUCGCGGCGGCGGGCGCCGGCGGCGGCGUGACGCCGAUCCGGCAGACCGUGAAGGUCGGGUGGGCGACGUACGCGACGGGCAUCGUGUACGGCCUGCAGCCGGACGCGCUCUUUGUCGUCGUGCCGGCGCUGGCGCUGCCCACCAAGCUGGCGGCGGUUGCUUACUGCAGCAUGUUUGUGAUCGGGACCGUCGCUGCGAUGGGCGGUUACACCGCCGUCAUCGGCACGACGUCUGCGGCGCUGACCAAGGAGCGGCCGUGGUUGCAGGACCACCUCAGCACCAUUGCCAGCGCCGUGGCCAUCUUGGUCGGAGUCUUGGUGCUGGCGUCUGGGUUUGGGCUCGAGCUGCCAUUCAUGCAUGCGCACUGA